AAAUAUGAGAGAUGAUAGUCUAGAUAUUAAAUUGUUGAUAUAUUUUAAUAAAUAUUUCAUGUGACCAACUCAACGACGCAUUUUGUAAGUAACUAAAGAGGACGACACGGAUCGCCAUCGUCAUCCAUCGAUUAGAUUCUAAUCAACGGUUUAAACAGCUCUUACUACUCGCAAAGCUCAUACAUAAACCCUACCCAAGACAUUUCAUUCCAUUCAUCAUAAACUCAUUUCUCAGAUCUGCAUACUUCAUAACUAUAACAAAAGUACAGUUUCUUCACCGUGUAAGAAAAUGUCAGGUCGCGGUAAAGGAGGAAAGGGUUUGGGAAAGGGAGGAGCAAAGAGGCACAGAAAGGUGCUUCGCGACAACAUCCAGGGAAUUACCAAGCCUGCAAUUCGUCGUUUGGCCAGAAGAGGUGGUGUCAAGAGAAUCAGUGGUCUCAUCUAUGAAGAAACUCGCGGUGUUCUCAAGAUCUUUCUUGAGAAUGUUAUUCGUGAUGCUGUCACCUAUACUGAGCACGCUAGAAGGAAAACUGUCACCGCCAUGGAUGUUGUUUACGCUCUGAAGAGGCAAGGAAGGACUCUUUACGGUUUCGGUGGUUGAUUUUGGUUCUCAAUUUAGGGUUUCGUUUGCCCUAGCUUGGUUUUGUUGUAAAUGUUGGUUAAUCUUGAAAUAUUAGGCGUGUUUUUUUCUUCUGUUCUUUUGAUUAGAUUAGUCUUGGAUUUGGAUCUGUUUGAAUUGAACUGAAUAAUUUGUUCUGUGUUCUUUUUA